AUGGCUGUGGCCAGCGCGCUGUUCGGGGCGGUGUGGAAGUGUUUGGCGCGAUGGGGGCGGUCGCACCGGCUGCUGCUGACCCUGGGGGUCGUGGCGCUGCUGGAAGCUCUGAGGUGGCGGAGCCAGGAGGAGAACCCGACAUUCGACGCAUACAGUAUUAUCACCGAUAAGGAGUAUUAUGCUAUGCCGCAACGGUACGAGCUGGACGAGUACUACGGCUGCCUGGUGCGCGGCGGCGUCUACUGCUUCGGGCUGUUCCAGCUGGAGGCGCCACCGGGGAACGAGCUGUUCCACAUGAUACAGUUGUACGUGCUAGACGAGUACUACGGCUGCCUGGUGCAUGGCGGCGUCUACUGCUUCGGGCUGUUCCAGCUGGUGGCGCCACCGGGGAACGAGCUGUUCCACAUGAUACAGCUGUACGUGCUGGACGAGUACAACGGCUGCCUGAUGCGCGGCGGCGUCUACUGCUUCGGGCUGUUCCGGCUGGAGGCGCCACCGGGGAACGAGCUGUUCCACAUGAGACAGCUGUACGAGCUGGACGAGUACUACGGCUGCCUGAUGCGCGACGGCGUCUACUGCUUCGGGCUGUUCCGGCUGGAGGCGCCACCGGGGAACGAGUUGUUCCACAUGAUGCAGAAAUACUCUAAGGACUGGAUUUGGCGCUCCAACCAUAGCUUGAUACACCGCGGGGUGUGCCUGCCGCGGCGCUGUCCACGCGAAGAACACCAGGACCUUGAGGACCAUGAGUGGUUCGCGUCAUGCGUGAACUCGAGCAUGCUAUCGGAGUACAACAUGUCGGCGGGGCUGACGCAGCUGGAGUACUGCACGCGCGAGCCGCAGGGCGGGCGGCUGACGGCGGCGGGGGCGGCCUUCCUCGCCCUGCUGGCUGUUCUCGUGAUCGCAGUUAUUGUCAGCACCGUGCUGCACGUGAGACUAUCCCAUGAGAGGAAAAAAGAUAUGGGGUGGGCACUAUCGUGGUCGGUGCUUCGCUCGUUGUGGACGCUGGCGAAGCCGUCGCCGCGUACUGAACCAGACCUGCGAUUCCUGGACGGUCUUCGGGCAAUUUCGAUGCUUGUCCUCAUCGGCCUGCACGCGGGCGGCUUAUCUAUGCUCCAGACCGCCGACACUCGCUUCUACGAACAGAGCUCUUUGUGGCUGCUGUCUGGGAACCUCACUCUGAUGGUGCAAGUCUUUUUCAUCGUGUCCAGCUUUCUGAUGGCGAGAAAAGUGCUCCAACAGGACUUUGUGGCAGCCAAGAAGACUUUCGUGGAGACAAUGAAAGAUAGAAUCGUGAGGAUUCUCCCGAGCUACGCGUUUAUGAUCCUCUACAUGGUGACCUUGAAUGAGUACAAUGCCUCCGGGCCUAUGUGGCACUGGGCGAUAGAUACCGAGGUGGCCACGUGUCGGCAGCAGUGGUGGACGCAUCUGCUGUUCUUUAACAACUUCAACACUUCCCUCAAGUGCAUUGGACCAACCUGGUACCUGGCAGCAGACAUGCAGCUGUACGCGGCAGGUCUGCUGCUGACGCUGCUGCUGCGCGGUCGUCGCGCUGUGCCGGUGCUAGCGGUGCUGCUCGCUACCGCCGCCGUUUUUUACGUCUACUUGGCCUACGCGUGGAACCUAGUACCUUUGUACGCACUCCAUUUUCCUGACAACGUUAGAGAUGAAUAUGUGGGCGUGUCUACAUUCGACGUGCUGUACCAGUCGCCCUGGGGCAACGCGUUCGCCGCGCUGACGGGGCUGCUGCUGGCGCACGCGCAUCGUACAAUCAAGACAUCGAAUUAUGAUCUACGUUCUUACAAGGUGUAUCGUUUUGUUGCGAGAUGGUCAGUACCGAGUAUAUUGGUGUGGGUUGUGCUCUGGCCGAGCGUCCACCCCCAACCACCACAUAGGCCCACUCGGCUCAGAUACGCCCUGCUAACUGGGCUGACAGGACCAGUCUUCUGUCUUCUUGUCGCAGUCAUUAUGAUGGAAAUUCUGCUCGGUGGGAAGAAGUGCCUGCGGAGAUUCCUCACGGGCAACGUGUACUCGGUGAUGGCACGGCUGUCCCUGCCCGUGCUGCUGGUGCACUUCCCCAUCGCCAGGGUCCAGCUGAUAGCACAGGACAGGCCAGUACACCUCAGCAGCUUCAGACUGAUCUUCAACAUGUUUGGUGUGUGGGCAAUGUCGUACGCCAUGGCGGCGGUGCUGGCGCUGCUGGUGGAGGUGCCGACGCAGCGCCUGUACCGCGAGCUCAAGACCAGGAGUCGGGCUGUGAAAACCGACUAAACACUUUU